AUGGCCGCCCCUCAGAGUGUGCAAUGCUUCGGCAAGAAGAAGACCGCGACUGCCGUCGCCCACUGCAAGGCCGGCAAGGGCCUCGUCAAGGUCAACGGCCAGCCGCUCUCCCUCGUUGAGCCCGCCAUCCUGCGCUUCAAGGUCUACGAGCCGCUCCUGAUCCUCGGCCUUGACAAGUUCGCCAACGUUGACAUCCGUGUCCGCGUCACUGGUGGUGGUCACACCUCCCAGGUCUACGCCAUCCGUCAGGCCAUCGCCAAGUCCAUCAUCGCCUACUACCAGAAGUACGUCGAUGAGCACUCCAAGAACCAGCUCAAGCAGGCCCUCGUCCAGUACGACCGUACCCUCCUCGUUGCCGACAACAGGAGGUGCGAGCCCAAGAAGUUCGGCGGUCCCGGCGCUCGUGCGAGAUACCAGAAGUCCUACCGUUAA